UUGUUACGACAAAUCCCCAAGAUACAGAAAAUAUCACAACCGAAGUAAAACAAAGCGUGAUCAUAUCAGAUAAGCAAAGUUUUGGCACGUGACCUGUUGAAAUCACAUUUGGAAAAUGUUCGUGAUGCCAGCGCUUAUCCCAUUUAAGGAAUACAUGUAGACUAACAGGUGAAAAUAAAGCAAAACAUGUAGACCGAAGGGUCAUUAUUGUGUUCAUUUUAGUCUGACAGGUUGAAUAUAUAACAUUUGUGUAUGUUAUGCCCGUGGCAGUGACAUUGUACAUGUAGUCCACUCUUCCUGGGAUAUAAUUGUAUGUAAGAUACACACAUUAUCAAUUUGUACACGGAACAAUAUGUACACGGAACAAUAUGUACACGGAACAAUAUGUUUCAUUUAAAGACGAGAUGAUCAUUCUAGCUAAGGAUUUCUGAUUAACUUACAAAUAAAUGUUUGAGAUGUCUGAAUGCGAAAGUAACUAUACAGAAAUUCAAGUAACAGUUUAUGUUGUCAAGCCAGAAUUACUUCAUGAACAAAAGAAGACAAAUGGUAAAUCUGACAAAAAAGCUUUAUAUGGUCAUAGAGAUGUGAAAGAACGGUGUAUGUCGAGUUUAUGUGAGUUCAGUAAAAGACAAUGUACAGAAAGAAAUCGAGAUCCAAAAAUAUUGCCAUCUCGGUGUAAAUUUCCAGUGAUAAGGAAUAUGGGAGAUAGAGAGGAACUUCAUGGAUUAGGUCAGAAUGUCAAAUGUAAGACUAACCGAAAUAUGGGGAUAAUCGAGCACGUGGACACAUCGGAUACGAACGGCCUGCGCAUAUUAAACGAUAAUGUCGAGAAUUGCUGUUACGGACGACGUUCUGAUUUUUAUCCUGAAGCGUCAUCUACCAUAGAAUGCAAUAUAGAUGAAAAUGUCGAUAACAUUGAGUGUCAAUCGUUGCCGGAUACAAAAAAUCCUGAAAUUCAAAAUGUCAUUCAUGAAAUAUUAAAACAUAAUGAUAUUAAAACUAUAUACGGACAACAGGGCGAAAUGGUUUACAACAGUGAAAUCAAAUUCAAUAAACCUCUCAUACAAUGUGAUGCAAAAGAAGUAAUCAACAAGGUUUCGAAGCACUGUCUGGUAGAAGAGUCACUAAGCGCAGGAAACAAAAUUAGACGCUUUAAUGAAGGAACGUAUGCUCCAAAAUUAGUUUUAAAUUUUCAAACUGACUUUAACAUCGUAGACAGUGACAAAUGUGACACACGUGUUAUUAAAUUAAAGGAUGAUAUUAGUUUAAAGAAAAGUUCAAAUACAACAUCUGCAAUGGGAGAGAAAAGAUGUACUUUAAAGAUGCAACAAAAUAAUGAUAUUAACAUAAACAGAAAGUGUUUUGAUAAAACAACCAAACAUGCCAGUUUACAAGAUCAUUUUAAAGAUGUUUCUAAAUCUUUCGAUGAUAUUAUUGAAAAACUGUGUUUUGAAGAUAGUAUUGGGGAAGACGACGAGAAAGAAUGCAAUUCGAAUGACAAAAUAAAAAACAGAAGGAAUCACAAUAAUGGAGUAAAUUCAAUUGAUCUUUCAAAAACCGUAGAAUCUGUACAAUAUUCGAAAGAUGAUAAUGAUGAAAAAGACUACCCCGUUAAGGAAAUUGAUGCUUCUGAUAUUUAUUUCUAUGGCAAUGUUUGGUUAAAUGAUCCCGAAAAAAGAUCAAAUGAUUAUGCAGUAAGCAGAGGUAGGAACAGUCGGAACCGUCGUAACAAACAUGCUUUCAGAAAACCGGAUAUUCACAAUAUUCACAACAAAAGAUUUCCAGAACAACAAAGAUGUCAAUAUUCACAUUUCCCUGCAUGCAGAAGACAGAGAGUGAAUUUGCCAAAUUGUCAACCUAAUUCAAACUUGUAUGGAAACCAUAUACCAAGGUCGAGCGUGAACGAUGUUUUUCGAGGAGAUCAAUAUGAAAGACAUUCUUCACGAUGGUAUAAGCGACCUCUUAACUCUGACUCUGUAAGAAAAGAGACGAUGUAUUGGAUAUCGAGAAGUUUUUUGGCAAUUAAAACUUCUGCCUAUGCACAUUUUUCAAACUUUGUUGAUGAAAAGGUAAAACCAGAAAGAAUAUCACUUGAAAGGUUCGACGACAAUUUAAGAAGAUCAUUGAGAAGAAAUAUUUCAAGAUAUAUUUUUGAAGCAACUCGAUCUGCUCCACGAUUUGUGUCUCCUAUGAUUUUUAUUGAUUGUAUCAUUGACACAAUCAAGAACCCCCAUAAUGUUAUUGAAGGGGAAAGGCAAUGCCGACAGUUUGAACAGGUCAUUGGUUAUAUGGACGACAAUGCACCGUGUUAUUGGUGUGAAAUAGUCUUUCAUGGAGGACAGCUUGUUGUUGUAAGACCGCUUUCAAACUCACUUUGAUUUUCUCUGUAAUCUUAAAUUGCACUAUUUUAAUAAUCCGUGCUUACUAGCAUACAGAACAAACAUUAAAUUCUUAAAUUGUGUUUUCCUUUAUAAUGUAAUUGAAUUGUUUCUCUAUUCAUGUUUACAAAUAUAACAACUUUAUAAGUGUAUCUAUGAUAUUUGAAAUGCAUAUUUUCCUUGUCAUGGUCUAAAACGGCUACAUCGAUGUCAAUCAAACCAGUUAUUUGUGAAAAUUCUUAGCCGCAAUUGCCUUUUGUUUCUUUAUUUACACACACUGGUAUCCCAAAGUUAAAAAUGAAUAGUGGUCCAGCAUUUGUCCUAAACAUUGUAUUU